AUGGAACAAGUUUCCCUGAGACCAAGUUCUGCUAAACAAGAAAAGACUUUUGUCAGUGUGUUUCAUGAGCUUUGUAAAAAAUUUGAGUUUGGAGUAGCCAAGUAUAGCUUGGUGGCUGAGCAAGGUGAUCCCCACAGUCGAACUUUCUUGAUGAAUUUGACUGUAGACAUUUUGGGCAUUACAGUUGAAGGCAUUGGCUUAACCAAGAUGCAAGCAAAGCAUGAUGCUGCCUAUAAAAUGAUGUUUCAAAUCAGGGAGACUUAUCGAGCCAAUGGAACUCUCAACAGUGUCCCAAGAACUGUUAUCUUGAGCAGGCUGGAAAAAUUGGGAACACUAAAGGAAGACAUCAUACCCAAACCACCAACAGAACCAACUUUAAAUCCAUCUGGGGUUCUCUCAGAAUGGCGCUUCACCAGACACAGCACUCUUCCUGAAUACAGGGUUGUUCGAACUUCAGGUCCUUCUCACUCCAAAACAUAUUUUAUGACUUGCAAGCUUAGUGAACGUGUCACUGAAGGUGAGGGAAAGUCAAAGCAGGCAGCCAAAAAUGACGCUGCCCAAAAAAUGCUCCAAAUUCUGGAAGACGAAGAGUUGUAA